AUGUCGCACAACGGGAAAUUGAUGCCCAACCUGGAUGAAAAGACGACCAAGGUGCUCAAUCUGACGGUGCUCCAGCGAAUAGAUCCGCUGGUUGAGGAAAUUCUCAUCACCGCCGGUCACGUCACCUUCUACGAAUUCAACAUCGACAACAGCCAGUGGGCGGAUCCUCCGAAAGCCCUUUGGGUGAAACAACCCGCUCGGACUGUUAUCGGUCUUUAUCGUAGCUUCGCUCAGCGAGGCUCUGGUGGUUCAGCAUCAUCAUCAAACCAAAAUAGGUCAUCAUCAUCAUCGUCGUCAACAUCUUCAUUAUCACAACCAUCAUCAUCUUCUUCUUCCUCUUUUUCUGGCACUGGACAAGUCGUUCAAGCUGUAAAAGAUGAGAAUUUGGUAGCACCAGUUCAAGAGCAGACUGUUGCGGAUGAAUUAGUAGAGAAAUGUGUUGUAUCAGUCAACGAAAGCGGGGAUUUUUCUUUGGGGACUUCGAAUGUCGAUCAUAGUCAAGGUGAAAAAUCUGAGAAUGAUAAGAAGGCACGUGAUGCUGAAGCCAUGGGUCCGGAAAAUUCGGUAAAAGGGUUUGGGGUAUUGGAGACACUGGAAGAAGAAAAUGAAUCCGUGGGCCCCAGAAGUUCCUUCCACCCGGUAAGUGGCAGUACUUAUCCACCACCUCCUCCCAUUCCGCCUCCUAAGCCACUGUAUACGAAUCCUAGAAGAUAUGUACCUGCCGAGUCAAAUGCAGUGAGGAUAGGGUCGUCUAGGAGAACUUUCGGCUGGCCUGGCGUGUCAAGCAGGUCAUCCCCAACUGGGUCUCACCCAUCUUCACCUAGGUCCCAUUGUGAAGGUGAAGGAUAUAACAGUGCUGAUGAGCAGGGUCCAUGCUUUAACGCAUCCUAUGAUGAUUCAGAAAGGGAACAUCAGUUUGUGAUUGAUUUGAGGCGUGUUAAAGGCUUGGAAGUGAGAAAAAUGCUUGAGGAUGGGAACUGCCUUUUCCGUGCUGUUGCAGAUCAAGUAUAUGGUGACUCUGAACUAUAUGAUUUGGUUAGGCAGAUGUGCAUUGACUAUAUGGAGAGAGAAAGAGAUCAUUUUACACAGUUUAUAACUGAAGGAUUUACUUCCUAUUGUAAGAGGAAGAGAAGGGAUAAGGUUUAUGGAAAUAAUAUGGAAAUCCAGGCUCUAUCAGAAAUGUACAAUCGUCCUAUUCACAUAUAUUCUUACAGCACAGAGCCUAUCAACAUAUUCCAUGGAAGCUAUAAUACAGAUACGCCCCCAAUACGUCUCAGCUACCACCACGGAAAUCACUAUAACUCCCUUGUCGAUCCACGCAGAAUGACCAUUGGAGCUGGCCUUGGUUUUAGCUCUCUUCAAGGGAGGAAUGUUGAUAAGGAUCAGGUCAAAGCAGCUAUUAAAGCUCAACAAGAUCAGCAAAUUGACAAUGCACUUCUUGCUGAGGGACGAUUCUACUCUGAUGUUGAGCUGACCGAGAAGGAAAUUGAGCGAAUGGUGAUGGAAGCUUCUAGAGCCGAGUAUAUUGCUGACGACAAGUUCAAGCAGCAGGUCGGUCACAGGGAGUCAUCCACUUCCAGAGCCGAACCAUCAUCUUCUGCAGCCAGACCAGGAAGUGAUGCCAAGCUGGAAGGCAGGCGUGAAUCCAGCUCGCCAGGUUCGGUUUUGAACAGCAGCAUGCAGAUUAUGCUGUCUAUGGGCUUUAGCUAUUUGCAGGUGGUCGAGGCUUACAGCAUUUUUGGGGACGACGUUGAUUCCAUGGUCUGUUAUCUUUUAGAAAUGAGCGGCAUCAGCAGUGGGCUCGACUUGGGCUACUGGGACGAUCUCGGUGGUAGGAUCAGCAAUCUGCUUCUGAGGUGGCCUCUUCCAUGGCAACAACCACAGGCUUGGAAUCCGUCUAAAGCAACGUCUCUUUCCCCUUGCUCGGAGGGGUCACAUCUUUCGAUGACAAUACCUAGAGCACCAUAG